AUGCCGGUCAUCACCACGCUUGUGUCCCCUCUCGAGGUCGGCGGGGAGAUGUAUCUCCGGCCCAAGACGGCGUCAUCAAUGUUCGACUCCCGACCACUGUCGCAGAUGACGGAGACCACCGAGAUCCUCGAGACGGACUUUGAAGACGAGAGCGACUUCGAUGAGACGUCUCAGAAGGGUAGCUUCGAAUCGGUAAGUGCACCCACCCAUGGAGCUGUUCGUGUGCAAUCGGAACGGAGCGACCUGUUGAUGGCCAUCAAGGACGACAGGAGAAGAAGUCAAACCACCAUCUCGUCCUACGACGAAGCCCCAACGCCAAGCCCACGGACCGGCUCCCAGAGAGGACAAUUCGAGCUUCGCUUCCGACCCGUCGAGGGUCCCAAAGGUCCGCAUCUCUUCAGGUCUUCGCAGUCUUCUCACGUAUCAGCCGAGUUUGAUUUCGACCAUGCUCUGCAGAUGUCGCCGUUGCUUCCCAAGGAGCCCCCCCUGCGGACAGGCACAGCGUUCACAGAAGACACCGUGACGCCCAUCCCGUCGCAGGACAACAACAGCUUCUCCCUAGAUGCUGCUCUUCGGCCAGCCGGACCCGCCUAUUACGAUACCGAAGCCUACAUCCGAUCAUGGUCCAAGCAGCAGGUCAUUGACUGGAUGUACGAUACGGGAAUCGAAGCUUCCGUCAUCCAAUGCUUCGAGGUCCAUGACAUCGAUGGCACGGUACUGCUGGACCUGCAAUUCGAAGACCUCAAGGAACUCGACAUCCAAUCCUUCGGCAAGAGACAUCAACUCUGGAGUGCCAUCUGCCUUCUCAGAGGCGACGACACGACCAUCAGCCCACAGCCUACCCCCUUCCAGGACAUCAGCCGACCCUGCACUUCCAACAACAGGCGGUCGCCAAGUCGUGGCCCAAUGUCACCGGUUGGCGACGAUCACAGGCCUACAUCUCCAGGAGGUGGCAACAAGCGUCGCGCACGCAAGGCCUCCAAGGCCAACGAUAUCGUAAUGCCUGCCGAGUCGGUAUCGAUUGUCGCCAUUGAGCAGUUACUCCCCAAGCCUCACAACUGCUCCAAGGGAGAGCGAUGCGCCAAAUGGCGAAAGCAGCAAAGAGAGAUCGAGCAGCUUCACAACGAGCACGGUCUUGGUCGCUUCCCCGUGAGUCCGACCAAAGGUGGACGCAUCUUCGUGGCCGGCGACCCAGGCAACGCCCACACUGCUGAGAACAUGGUCCCCAAUGUCCACAAGCAGCAAGAUACCCUAUUAGAUGAUCCCUUCCGACCUGUCUCGGAAGCUCAGCCCUCCAUUGUCGCCUCCUCCGAUCUCCUUGGGCCUGGCCAGCUCCCGAGCUUCGCGCUUCAAGAAGAUGCCCUUGGCCAACUUGGCUCACGCGAUCCACAAGAAAAUGUGAAACGAUUUCUGGAAUUCCAGCACAUCAAGUCCCCGAUCGGUGAAGAUGUACCGCCAUCGCCACCAGCAGAGCCACGAUAUGAGAUGUUUCCCACCAACUCUGUGUCACCCUUUCCAGCGCAGUAUCCUACGCCCUCGCCGGUGCAGCCCACGCGACAUACUGCUGGCCCACAUGAGAAUCUCAAGUCGCUUCCGAGGCUUGACAUCCCGCGCUCAGCCAGCGCGGGACCCAACAUCAACCGAAUCGCAUCCCCCAAGACCGCGGGGUCCAUCUGCCGCAGCGCGACGGCCUCGCCGAGUCAGCACAACAUCUAUCGUCUAGGGACCCCGGCUUCGGAGAUGGAUGUUCCUGCUAUCUCUGCUGUUGUCCCUCAAGACCCUCUGGCGCGCGACACAUCACAAUCGGUCCCACCAAAUAUGCAAUUCCGCCCUCAACAACCCCUUAGGUCUCAAUCUCGCUUGGACUGGAGACGACCUUCGAUGGCUUUGCCAGCCGUCAAAGAAAAUGAAGUGUUCUCACCAUCCUCAGACAACUCUUCGCACAAGUCUAGACCAUCCAUGAGCACUUCGCAUUCCGCCGACAGUGUAAGCCAAGUCAAGCCGUCCGUCAGAGAUCCUUCGCAUCACAGCCCUGUCGGAACGAAACAGUUCGGCUACGGGCCCGACUGCACCCACGCUGGCUGGAUGAAGAAACGCCAACGAACAAAGAUGCUCCGUCACGAAUGGCAAGAAUCCCACUUUCGACUCAAAGGGACAAAACUCACUCAACACGCCAACGCACGCCUCUCCAGCGCAGCCAUGGAGUCGAUCAACGUCGACGACUACGCCGUAGCAUGCUCCACCCUCCACACGAACAACAAACUCUCUUCCGCGUUCAAGGCUCUCCAUCUCGUUGGCGGCGGAGGCGAGGCGAAGAAGAAGGAAGACGCCGAUCCUACCGCUUUUGCCUUUCAGCUCAUCCCGAGUAAACAGGCCGAGUGCAGUGCUGCCGGCUCGCCUUCUCCCAAGAAACCCGUGAGCCUGAACGGCAAGACUCACCACUUCGCGGUCAAGACCAAGGACGAUCGCAUUGAAUGGAUGCGGGAGCUUAUGAUUGCCAAGGCCCUGCAGCAGAAGGGAAAGGGGUAUGAAGUGGAGGUGAAUGGCGUGCAAGCCUAA